GAACUGGGAAGCAGGCCUUGCUUGGCCACGUGAAUUUAGAAAGGGGAGAAGGGAUGCGUUUGUCUUUUUCUGUCCCUGACUUGCGCGGAAAUCCUUGCAGCAGCCAAAACUUAAAUAAUGGCUUUGACGGUGAAAAGGAGGGGGAGGGAGGAACAAGGUUGGAGGGAACUCGACUUAGCGUUAUAUUCCCAAAAUAGCCGUAUAGCGUCGAAUGAAACGUGAGGAAGAAUAUGGAGGCAUUCUUGAACCCCAAAGAAUCUGCCAAGUUCAUAGCAGAAAACAGCAAAGAUGUGUACGUUGAAGAUGAUGGUGUACAAAAAGUUGCAGAGAUGUUAUUUGACAAAGUUGUGGAGAAAGAGUUCAGUGUGACUGGAUGGAAGUCUUCUCAUGAGCUGAACCCUCAAGCAGCAAGUGAAGAUGCUGUGAACUGGGUAUUCCUUGUUGAUGCCCUCAAUUUUUCCUUUUGGUCUGUGUGUGAAGAUCACAAAUGUCUGGUGAAGUAUAAAGGCAAAAUGUAUAGUGGCUACUGGUCUCUUUGCGCUGCCGUCAACAGAGCACUUGAUGAGGGACUGCCCAUUACUAGUGCUUCAUAUUAUGCCACUAUGACACUGGAGCAGGUGAAGCAUGCAUUUCGCUCAGACACAGAUGUUCCCAUGCCUUUAAUCGAGGAGAGACAUCAUGUGCUGAAUGAGACUGGGACAGUUCUCCUGGAAAAAUUUGGAGGCUCUUUCCUCACGUGUGUUAAGAAAAGUGAAAAAAGUGCCCAGAAAUUACUACAGCUAAUAGUGGAAAAUUUCCCAUCCUUUAGAGAUGAGGCUAUGUGUCAGGGUAGAAAGGUGGCUUUCUACAAACGAGCACAAAUCCUUGUCGCUGACACUUGGAGUGUAUUGGAAGGAAAAGGAGAUGGCUGCUUCAGUGACAUUUCCAGUGUGACUAUAUUUGCUGACUAUAGAAUACCGCAGGUGCUUGUUCACUUAGGAGCAAUGAAAUAUUCUGAUGAACUAAUGAAAAAACUCAAGGAAGGGCACAUGUACCAGUCUGGAGACAGUCAGGAAGUGGAAAUCCGAGGUUGUUCUAUUUGGUGUUGUGAACUCAUUUGCAAUCGCUUGCUGGAACUUUAUAAAAAGAAAGGCAAGAACAUGAGUGAGAAGAUCAAUGCUGUUCUCCUUGAUUAUUAUCUAUGGGACUAUGCUCGGGAUCAUCGGGAAGAUAUGAAGGGCAUUCCUUUCCAUCGUGUACGUUGCAUAUACUACUAAAUUUUAUUGUAUAGUGUCAAAAAUACCAUUUUAAUGUAUAGUAUCAAAAAUCUAGAUUCUGGGUUGGACCCAGAGUUGUGCUUGGUGUAGUCCCAUUGAAAUCAGUGAGACUUAAGUUAGUCUAGACUAACUAAAUUCCCACUGAUUUUAGUGGGUCUGUUCUAACUCUAAGCAUGACUGGAUCCAGUAUAGUACUUUAAUUUUUGUGUAUACGAAUAUGAAACUUGCAAACAAUAAAUUGACAGCGCUUCUCUUUUUUUGGUGUUGUUCAGGUUUUGGUCUUUUAGUAGCUAUUAUAUUUGCCAACUGUAUCACAGGAACGAUAUUUUCCUGUAAUGUUUAUAGUUUUACAUACUAAUCUUUUGCUGCUUUGAUUAUUUUGUUUCAAGCUCUCAUGGGUCUCUAAUAGUAUACUAAAGUUUUUGUUUGCAUUCCAGCAAUAUUUUUUUGUAUUUAAUAAAGAAAUUGUGUGAAAGAAUACAAAAAAGAAAUCUGGAUUGUACAUUUUGCCAAUGAGCUGAA